AUGCAGUUCGAUCCUUCUCUCUUCGACGUUUCCAGACGAUCGCUCACCUUCUUCUGUGUUUUUGAGGGACUUGUGAUUUUGACAAUCCUUUGUUCGGACUUGUUUGACAAUAUUGAAAGCCAUGAGCUCGGCGUUCGGAAUAUGGUAUAUGUCGGGUUUUUCAUUAUUCUCCUCGCCAUUGGUAUCGUUCAUCGUUACCUUCAUCCCCGCGUCACCAUCCUCAGCCUUCUCCUCUUCAAGGUAUCCCAGCUCACCAUAAUCGUCGCCUUUCUCAUGGCAGACUACAUCUUCAUAUAUUCUCCUAUCACUAUGACCGUGUUUGGACUGGAAUUUGUCUACUACGGAAUCUGCUGUUUGAUACAAGAGAUGCCAUUCCCUGGCUAUUUUCUAGAGGAGUGUCUCUACGAGAACGAUGGUGAUGGAGCCAAAGAUGUCGACGUUCAAGAAAAGUGCGACUACUUCACUUCGAUCGCCAAUGAGAUUGUUCGCCAGCAGGAGGAAGAUGAUGGUUUCAUUGAUGAUGAUAUCAUUUUUUAUUCCUAUGACAGCAACAAUAUUGCCUAA